CAGUUGACGUCAUCGAUUUGGCGUCCUAGUAAAAUGGCGGCCGCAGAAAUUCAAGUAUCAAAUACUUCGAAUUUAGCAAAAAUAGAAAGUUUUCUAAAUGACCCAAGCUACAAGGAAAUUAUUGAGAACUCAUCAACGUUUAAUUCAAGACUAUGUGCCGAACGGAGAAUGCGGAUGCCGUUUAUCGACACCCAAACUGGUGUUGCCCAAAGCCAUUCAAAUUUAUUUAUGACCAAAAAACAGCGGAUGCCAGGCGCUAAAGAAGGACAAGUUUACACAUAUCCCUCACAAAGAUGGAGAAAAGCACGGCGUCAGUACCUCACAAUGUCGUCAACACGAUGGGGCUGGAGUGCGGCAGACGCGGCAGAGAAUGUCGGCGAAGGAGAGAACAGUUCAGGAAUACCCGACGGUCUCACUGGUGACGACAGCAGGGACGGUUCACAGACUGCGGCUAAAGAUGAUCCUAAGGAGUGGUUCUACGACGAGCUAGCGAUGGAAGAAAUGGAGACAGGCGAGGAGCCAGAAGCGGAAUCGGAUGAGGACUAUUAUGAUGAUACAUACGCGAACAGACGUAAGCGGCGCGGUGCAGCUCCGAGUGGACCCGGAUCAAGGGGCGGACGCACGAGGAAGAGCCAGCCUGAUGAUACGCCUAAAAGGGGCCGAGCAGGUCGCGGCAGAAAGCGCGCCGGUCAAGGCACGCUCCCGUACGAAGUGCCAGGCGAUGCGGAGAAACCGUUCGGCUGUGAACUAUGCGGCGCGAAGUACAAAACGCGUCCCGGUCUGACAUACCACUACACGCACACGCACAAGGACCCGGGCGGUGCUGGCGCGGCCGGUAGCGACAACGACUCGCGGGACAGUCACAGUCGCGCCCCGCACUCGCCGGCACCGGCUGGGGGCCAACCGGCGACCGAGUAUCAAGACAGUUAUGUCACCUUUCUGAGUAACCCGGCCGGUAGCGGUGCGACCGCUUCAACCCCCGCACGCCGCUCCCCCCCUCCAAGACCCGCGUCAGCAGACACGUCGUCUUCGGACUCUGCGCAAGCGCCGCUAGUGCCGCCGUCGAGUGCGGCGACUGGCGCCAGUGCUGCGGCUAGUGCUGGCGCUAGUGGCAGUGAUGUUAAGGAUCCGGACGCUAAGCCGUCCCCGUCCCCAUACUGCGACUUCUGUCUCGGCGACGACCGCGAGAACAAGAAGACGGGCACGCCCGAAGAGCUCGUCAGCUGCUCCGACUGCGGCCGCUCAGGUAAGCGACGCGGACGACCCCCACGCAACGGGUACAAAAAGUGCUACCACAUCACCAACCGGGUGUGCGAAACCCAUAGACACUUGCGAGACAUAAAACUGAACGGCGUAGUGGAAAUAUUGACCUCCAUGUCCUAUUCGGCGGACGCGUUUGACUCGUUUGCUACAAAGACGAAGUUGUUAGAGAAUUAUGAUUAUGGGGACUAUACUACACCCCCCUCGUCCAGGCAGAGUCCGGUGAAUGAAAGCGUGGAACUUGUUAACGGGGUAAACUAGCUUUGGGACUGAUUUGUCAGCAUAAUAUUUUGAUAGUGCGGUGUGCUAUGUGAUUCAAGUAAGAGUAGGAAUGUUUAUAAUUGUUGCGUCAAUAUUGUGACAAAUAUCUUUGAAUAUUAGUACGAUUUACUUAGUCUUUUGCAUAGUUUUUAAACUCAAACAUUUAUUUAUUCAAUUUGACUUCUUCUAGAAGCACUUUUGAACCAUCAUAUUUUUAACAUCCGCCACCGGUUCGGAAAGCAUUUUAAUAAUAUUAUGGUUUAUUUUAUUUUGUCUGAACUACAUCAAAUUUCAAUAUUCAUAUUAUUUCUUUGAUUAUUAAUUGGUUUGAAUGUAUACCUAUGACGUCACAAGAUGGCGCCGAAUCAAUCCUAUUCUCAUUUGGAUCACAUAGUUUUAGAUGAUUCGUUUUGUAAGUACUAGAGGCAUUAUGAUGUGAUAUGAUAUUCGAAGGUAAAGCGUAUAAGUUUACUAAGUACCACCUAAUGUUGGAAUUGGUAAUUUGAUCAAUAAUAUAUGCAAAUAGAUUUAAUA